AUGCAGGUCGGAGGAAAGAAAGUUCACAUCCACACUUUCCCUUAUAUCUUAAAGAUAUCCUCAAUUGUUGUUUUCUUAAUUAGAUACCAAGAGCACUUUUCAGGAUAUAACCUCAUUAUUGCCAAUUUUGCAUAUAGACCUACUUCUUACUGCCAGACUUCAACCAAGACCAUGGUUGACAAGAAAGAAUCCCCAGAGACCGAACAUCUUGAAUCUGAUAUAAAAUCCAAACCUUCUACUCUCAUACCUCCCCCUGGAUUAGAACGACAACCAUAUGGCGAACCCGGCCUGAAGGGUAUCCUCACGAACAAGUAUGUAGCAGUAUGUGCCGCCUUCGCAACACUAGGCGGGGCAAUGUUCGGCUACGACCAAGGCGUUGUCUCCGUAACACUUACAAUGGAUCACUUUCUUGCACGAUUUCCGAAGUUGGGCCCGAUGCACCCGGUGCAGGAUUCCAAAAAGGAAUCCUCACUGCCAUGA